UAGAAAAUAGACGGAAAAUAAAUUUUUUGUAAAUGGGGUAAAUUAGAGUAGUAAUCAACAAGUGAAUAGUGAACGCGGUUUUGUCGAUCAUAAAUGGUCUCAUCUUUGAAUAUCUCUUCAUCAUGGCUUCUUCUUCUUUGAAAUACAACCUUUUUGCUAGUUUCUACGGACAAGGCUUGCGCCAGACUUUUAUGAGCCAUUUAUGCAGGCAGUUAAACGAAAAUGGGAUUACAAUGUUCACCAAUCAAGAUCUCGUGAGAGGCGAACCCAUCCUACCUUCUCUCAUACAAAGGAUCAGGGAAUCCAGGAUCUCGAUCGUGGUGCUGUCGCAGAAAUAUGCUUCUUCUAGCUCGUGUUUAAACGAAUUAGUAGAGAUCUUGAGGUGCAGAGAAAAUAUGGGGCAUAUAGUGAUGACCAUCUUCUACCGAGUUGAUCCUUCUCAUGUUCGGAACCAGACCGGUGAUUUUGGUAAGAUUUUCGUGGAAACAUGUGCUGAUAAAACAGAGGAGGAGAGGCGAAUGUGGAGUCAAGCUUUGACCGAUGUGGGCAACAUUGCCGGGGAAUACUCCCUUAACUGGGACAACGAAUCGAAGAUGAUUGAAAAGAUUGUUAGAGAUGUCUCAGACAAACUAAAUGCUACAAUUUGGACCAAAACCGGGUAUUCCACUGGAAUGGCCUUCCUCGUCGUCAUCAAUUUGCUCCUGGAGAUUGCAUCAGCGGGUGCAGACCAGCUCUCUUCAACUCGCAAGCCUUAUUUCGCAAAAGUCUCCUUACUGAUGUCAUUUCUCUCUCUUAUCCUAUCCACCCUUGACUUCACUUACAAAAUCCGAGCCCAUAAAGCUCGUUUCCGAUUCAAGUGGCCUAUUCCUUGUUUCUACUAUCCAUCACGUGGCUACAACAGAAUCUUUGGUAGUUCCACAGAUGCUAUCUUAUUUUUCUGUGUUAUUGGUCAGUUAAUAGUGUCCACGAUCAAUUGUAGCUUUACUGACAGACGACGAGACGGUCCCAUCAAAGUAUCAGUCUGGCCUCUCGUCUUUGCUAUUGGUAUGGUAGUCUCCAAGUUCAUGGAGAAACCAACCAUUUCCAAGGAGAGUUAACUCUCUCAAAAAUGUAUUAUUGAUUGCUUUAAAAUAGUAAAGAACAAAGACAAGAGGUUGGAUUACAUGUUAAUUUAGUAGGAACUUGUUAGAGCGUCUCUCCUAUGUUUCUAUGAACAUCGACAUUCUUUUUUU